AUGGCCAACAUAUUACAAAUACUACAAAAUGCAAAACCAGAUUUGGAAGAUAUUCUCGUAAACCUGAACCUAGACAAAUCAAGUACCGAAAGUUACAAAAACCAAUUCAAAAAACACAUAGAAGAAAGACAAUUCGAAGAAAGAAAAAAGGCUUUGAUAGACAGACAACAGACGCUCUACAAGAUCCACGAAGAAUGUACAAAAAUAUUAACAAGUCCCCCGCCUGAUCGGUCGAUAACACAAUCAAAGUCGAUACAAUCAACACAAAUAACAGAAUCAUACUCAAAAAACACAGGAAGCACAAAUAAAAAAGGAAGAAAAAAUACUGAAAAGUUAUCAAGUCAUACACCACAUAAAUCAAAACUAUCGAGCAAAACGAAAACAAUAAAAGAGUCGAUAAACAAAACAGCAGAAACACAAAGCAAGACAGAAUCUGAUGAUUUUUAUUCAGCAAAAUCCACAACAACCACAGAGUAUGACGACUCCGAAGAGACACAGAAAUCGGACAUACCGUAUGUAUCAACAACAGAACCAGAAAGCAGCAAGUCAUGUCAUCGUUACAAAUCAACCAAAAAGAUUGAGAAGAAAAACAAAUCAACAAAGAAAGUUACAAAACACCAUAGAAAACAAAGAAAGAUUCUCACACACAUACCGAAAAUUGAUCUAAUAAAAUUCGAUGGAAAUCAAUUGGAGUACCAAAAAUUCAAAAACAUAUUUAAUAUUACAAUUGGAAACAGCAAAGACAUAACAUAUGAAACAAAACUCAUAUAUUUACAAUCGUUAUUACAAGGCGAAGUGUCCAAUAUCAUUGCUGGAGUCGAACAAUCAAAAGAAGGAUACAAAGAAGCAUGGGCAGUGUUAGAAAAUCGAUACAAUGAUCCAAAAACAACAUGGAAAAUUUUACACAAAAUGCUACAAGAAAUUCCAGAGUCAACAACCAAAGUGAAUUCAUUAACGGAGACUUUAGAUAAAAUAAAAACUAUAACAACUCAGUUGACGAAUAAUAGCCAAACGACGAACAACAUAACCACACAUGAACUAAUAAUCACAAAGUUCCCAACUAACAUACAACAAGAAAUUGACAAACGAGAAACACGGAAUACAGAACCAUGGAGCACAACAACAUUAUUAAAGGAACUAGAAAAUAUCAUAAAAGAAGAAAAAGCGACACAGAUGAGACAGAAACCUGAGUUGGAAACAGCUCCGUAUGAACAGAGGAAACACAUAUCAAAUUUUGUAGCAAGAACAAAUGUACAGCAAACAAAUAAUGGAAACAAAACAUUUCACUGCGAUUUCUGCCAAUCAAAAGAACACAGCAAUGGAAUGUGCAGAGCGACAAUCACAAAAGAAGACAAAUUGAACAUAAUCAAACAAUUGAACCUGUGCUACAAUUGUCUAAAACAAGGACAUAGAGCAUCCGAAUGCGUAAACGCAAGAAAAUGCAGAGAAUGCGGUAGAAAUCAUCACACAACACUAUGUGAGAACAACAGAUACCAGCAACAAACCCCACAAAAUCAGAAUACAUUUUUUCAAGGACAAAAUCAAUAG